CCGCGGCCAACCGAGCCCACAGCGACGCCCGCACAGCCGCGGGGGCCCGGGCGGGGGGCCAUGCCGUGCCGGAGGGAGGAGGAGGAGGAAGCCGGCGACGAGGCGGAGGGGGAGGAGGACGACGACAGCUUCCUCCUGCUGCAGCAGUCGGUGACUCUGGGCGGCUCGGCGGACGUGGACCGGCUCAUCGCCCAGAUCGGCGAGACGCUGCAGCUGGACACGGCGCACGACGGCCCGGCCUCGCCGUGUGGCGCCCCGGGCCCCCCGCCCGCGCCCCCGCGGGUCCUGGCGGCGCUGCCGGCAGACAAGGCCGGGACCCCAGCGAGACGGCUGCUGCGGCCGGCGGGGUCAGCGGAGGCCGAGGACCCUGCGCCCCCGGGGGCCGUGCGCUGCGUGCUGGGGGAGCGCGGGCGCGUGCGGGGCCGGGCUGCGCCCUACUGCGUGGCGGAGAUCGCCCCGGGCGCCAGCGCGCUUCCCGGGCCGGGGCGGCGAGGGUGGCUUCCAGGCGCUGUGGCUUCUCGGCGAAUCCAGCAGCGGCGGUGGACCGCAGGCGGAGCGCGCGCGGCCGACGACGACUCACACCGGCUCCUACAGCAGCUCGUACUCUCGGGAAACCUCAUCAAGGAGGCAGUGCGCAGGCUUCAGCGAGCGGUCGCCGCGGUUACGACCACGAACCCCGCGAGCGCGCCGGGGUCCGGGGGUGGCCGAAGCGGCCCGGACUCAGUCACCCUGCAGCCCUCGGGCUCCUGGCUCUGACCCGGGGGGAGAAAGAGGACGCGGCCAUGCGGAUCCAACAAUGUCUUGCCGGGGACAGUGCGGAGCUGAAGCUGUCGUC